AACCGGAUUGCACUGAGAGGAGGAAAAAAAAAAAGCAAAAAAGAUACAAAAUAUACAAGCAAAAGGCAACAACUCCCCGGUCUCCAGCAGUCGCCCACCCUCCCCUUCCUUCUCUCCUGCUGGCCAUCUGCCUUGGGUUUUCCUUUGUGUCUGAUCUUUUACUACUGAGCCGAGUGCAGGAGGAGGGUGCAACACACACAGGGACUAUGCCCAGCUCGCUUUUUGCAGACAUGGAGAGGAACGGGAGCGGCGGCGGCGGCGGCGGCGGUGGUGGUGGUGGAGGGGGAGAGACCCUGGAUGACCAAAGAGCCCUUCAGAUCGCCCUGGAUCAGCUCUCCCUGCUGGGGCUGGACAACGACGAGACGGGCUCCAUUUACGACAGCGAGCCUCGGAAAAAGAGCGUGAACAUGACCGAAUGCGUCCCGGUGCCCAGCUCGGAGCAUGUCGCUGAGAUAGUGGGGAGACAAGGUUGUAAAAUCAAAGCUCUGCGGGCAAAGACCAACACCUACAUCAAGACCCCGGUUCGCGGGGAGGAGCCGCUCUUUGUUGUGACGGGCAGAAAGGAAGAUGUGGCCAUGGCCCGCAGGGAAAUCAUCUCGGCGGCCGAGCACUUCUCUAUGAUCCGAGCCUCGCGGAACAAGAACACGGCCCUGAACGGCACCGUUCCCGGCCCCCCGAACCUGCCCGGCCAAACCACCAUCCAGGUGCGGGUGCCUUAUCGCGUGGUGGGCUUGGUCGUGGGGCCCAAGGGGGCCACCAUCAAGCGCAUCCAGCAGCAGACGCACACCUACAUCGUGACCCCGAGCCGGGACAAGGAGCCGGUCUUCGAGGUGACGGGCAUGCCCGAGAACGUGGACCGGGCCCGGGAGGAGAUCGAGGCGCACAUCGCCAUGCGCACCGGCGGCAUCAUCGAGCUGACGGACGAGAACGACUUCCACGCCAACGGCACGGACGUGGGCUUCGAGCUGAACGGCACGGGCAGCCUCUGGAGCAAGCCCACGCCGCCCAGCAUCACGCCCACCCCGGGCCGCAAGCCCUUCUGCAACUACCGCAACGACAGCUCCAGCUCGCUGGGCAGCGCCUCCACCGACUCCUACUUCGGGGGCGGCACGGGGGGGGGCGGCGGCGCGCGCCUGGCCGACUACAGCCCCCCGAGCCCGGCGCUGAGCUUCACCCACAACGGCAACAACAACAACAACAGCGCCAACGGCUACGUGUACGGCGGGGGCGGCGGCGGCGGCGACGUCCUCUCCUCCCCGGACUGCUGCUCCGAUCUGCCCUUCGACUCGCCGCCCGGCUUCGACCUGGCCCCCGCCCCGCCGCCGGGGGCCGCCCUCAUCUGGCCGCAGUUCGAGCGCGGCCCCGCCGCGCCCCCCUCGCCCGCGCCCUCGCCCGCCGCCGCCGCCUUCCCGGGCGCCGCGCCCGCCAAUGCCAACCUGGCGCUGCUGGUGAGCGGCCCCCGGCGGGGCGGUGGCGCCCCGCCCCCGGCGCGGCUCUCCCCGCCCCUGCACGGCAGCGCGGCGGGGCCCGAGCACCCGCUGGCGCGGCGGGUGCGCAGCGACCCCGGCGGGCGGCUGCUGGCCGCCUCCUACCCGCUGUACGCCAACGGGCUGGGCGCCCACCUGCCGGGGCUGCCCUCCGACUCGUCAGCCUCCUCCUCCUCCUCCUCCAGCUCCUCGUCCAGCUCCUCCUGCUCGUCGUCCGGCGUGCGGCGGAAGGGCAGCCGCGACUGCUCGGUGUGCUUCGAGAGCGAGGUGAUCGCGGCGCUGGUGCCCUGCGGCCACAACCUCUUCUGCAUGGAGUGCGCCAACCGCAUCUGCGAGAAGACGGAGCCGCAGUGCCCCGUCUGCCACAGCGCCGUCACCCAGGCCAUCCGCAUCUUCUCCUGA